GUUCAGCCAAUCAUACCUUUUCUGUGGGAGAUAGGGAACCGAAAAUGGGCUUCUAUGAAUGAACAUAAAUAGACAAGGUGAGUAGCAGAGGUUUUCGAAUUACAAGUGAUCACCACCGCAGCUCGAUGACUGAUUAGACCAUUCGAUGAUUUAUGUCAAGUUAAUAGAAAUCGACAACAAUGACGACUUGUUCACCAUCGGAGUACCCUAACUUUCAACCUUCGGGCUCUAUCACUUCGAAACCCUUGGGAUACCCAGGAUUUCAGCCAUCAAAAACCCCUACCCUUCAAUCAUUGGAGGGGCCCAGCUUCCAUUCAACGCCAAAAACUUGCCGCGAGAACCCGCAGCAUCAACUUCCAGAGAGCAGCAGAAUACCGUACGAAGAUUAUGAGAACUUUACGCUUGUUGGGAAAGAGGGUAAAUAUCGUGUCGAAAACCGGUCCUGGAACGAUGGAGACCUCAUGGUCUACGAGAUCGUAAGCGAAAAAGGCAACAAACUCGAGGCGCAACAGUUUGACCUCCGCCCUCUGCCUGACAAUCUGUACCAGGCACGAAAAAGAAGGAUUCACAGACUGAGGAAGGCUCACAGAAUUGUCGAGGAAAUCAGGUUAGAUGAGGUAAAAAUUCUAGUCACAUUGGCUACCAGACGCCCCCCUAGCUCCAUUGGGGAGAGAUCACCGAGACAGAGCGGCGACUUAUUACACUGCCUAUAACAGACUUGCCACGCGGUAAUAUUAUGACUUCGAAACGGAGUGGUCAAGCCACUCCUGGUAAAGGCCACAAUGGCUCUUUUUGCAGCAAGUGUAAUGAGUUGGGGGAAGGGGACGGGAUAUACUCCUGCCAGUGGAUUCCUUACUUUACGGCCUUUUUCUGCCACACGCCCUUCUUUUGAGCUGCCGGCAGCUUUAAUUUCAGCACUGACGCUCGUUUUACUUGUUUCGGUUAUCCUCAUGGCGAUGACUCUCUGAAGUACCCCCGAUAGCAUUUGCUAUUGGCUUCUCUCUUUGCACCAUCAUGUUUAGAUGGAGCAGUAGAGAGGUAAUAGCUUUGAUCAAUUAAGUAUUUUUAAGUUCUUU